AUUCAAACUGAACUUUCUGCUAAAUCGGGACUUAGAAAGAAGAGAUCUUCAAGAAUAAUUAAAACCACUCGAAAGGAACCUUCAAGAGACUUGAUUGAAGCUUUAGAAAAAACCAAGAAAGAAAAGCAGAAGCUUGAAAGGACACUUCUUGAGGAUUCCAAAGAACAGGCGACUGCAAAUAAUCUGAUCCUUCUCUCAAUGAAAUAUGUUGAAAAACAAUGAAGUGAUUAUCUGAAUUAUUUCCUCAGCAAAGACUCAAAGGAAGGUAGUUUGAAUAGAAACAGCAGAUCAGAUCAUGAUAAACCUAAUAUUUCGAACGAGGAUAUAUCUUUGAAGAUACAGAGAGAAGCAAUUGCAUCUUCAAGUGCAAGCAAACUUGAAAAGCAGAGCAUGCUCCAGAAACUGGUUCAAAAUUUUGCACAAAAGGAGCUGGAUGAGCCUAAAAAGGCUAAAAAGAAGAAGAUCAUCACAAAGAUGAUGAAGGUAAGAUCAUCUCCUGAAGCUCCAAGAAGCUUUUCACGUCAAAAUUCAUCACGAAACAACUUUAAGUCAUCAAGACAGAACACUCUUCUUCCAAAGGCAGGUUUGCCACCUUUGUCAAAAUCCAAGGCUGUUCUUAUAAAAGACUCCUCACCAAGAAGGAAUAAAUACAAGUCGAGAUCAAGUUCUCGAGGAAGAAGUUCAUCAAGAUCUCGCUCAAGGUCUCGUUCGGGAUCUCCUCGUAGGAAAAGAUCAGGGUCAAGAUCCCGCUCAGGGUCUCCUGACAAGGCGGAUAGAGAAGACCUAUCAGUGAGGAGUACAAAGUCGAAAGGAAAAAGGAAAGUCAUCAGAAGGUUUAUCAAGAAAGUCAAGAAAUAGAAGGAAUAAGUCUUUCAAUGUUGACUCUGCCUUAG